UAUAGAUUUCCGAGUUGGAUUUAAAAUAUUUGCAAAUUGCAAGCCAAAACCAGCGCCGCCUCUGUUUCUUCUGGCUGCUGCAACACCGAAAAGUACUUCGUAAACGUCGUCUUUGUCUAUUUUCUAUUUCUGGGUUGAUUUGCUUUUGUCAAUUACAAUCUGGGGUUUCCCUGUUUCUGCCGAUAAAGUUUGAUUAAGGUUAUUUGUACCAUGGCUUGGUACAGUGGGAGUGGAAUUAAUGACCUUGUUCCCAAAGGUGAAGACAUAUGGGAUAGACUCCCUUCACCAGACACUUGGCAAAAUUGGGGGAUAAGUGCACCUGAAGGUUUCAAUUCACCCAAAAAGUUUUCAACCAUGGACUCAAGUUCAAGAGAGGUGGAGCUCGAUUUCAAUGAUGAAAGUUUCAAUAAUGAAAUUGAGCUUGAAUCUUCUCUUCUUGAAAAAGAUCAGUCUAGCAGUUCAAGUGUAUGUGGAGGAUUGCCCGAGCAAUCAUUUCAACGGACAGCUCUUUCAUGUGAUCAGCUUCAGGACGUUUCAAGAUUCGAACACAUGGAUGACAAUUUCUUGGAUUCCAUGCUUGAAGCUCUGCCUAAUGUUGAAAAUCUAAAAUCCUCCUGCCUCUCUUCAAAUCUCCAAUUCAGUAAUGCAUCAGGUGGAUUGCAGGAGCACUUAGAAGUUUCAGAGUUUGUUCCAUGCAACUCAACACAUGAAGAUUGUCAAGAUUUAAAGGUGCCAUCGGUCAAAUUCUUGGGCCCUUUUGAGCAGUGCAGUACAGAUGAGGGCACGAACCAGCAGUCAUCUCUUGAGGAAUCUAUAUUACAGGAUCUUGAGAUGGCAAUUGCACAGUUCUCUGAUAAGACCCGGAUCUGCUUCCGUGAUGCCCUAUAUCGACUUGCUGGAGACACAAAACAUCAGCAAGGUUUCUUUGAUGCCUAUUGCAUGUUAUUGAUGAAGCUGUAACAGGAAUCAAUCGAUGUUAGGAGUGGAUUAAGAGAGUUAGGCAGAAGGCUGUAACUACUAUAAGUAGGAACAUACGGUUAUUUAUUAGUGCUGUUGUUAGCCUUACAAUAUUUAUGUUAUCUGAUGCUUGUUACAUUAAUAUGAAUGGAAAAAAGAAAAUUUUUUUCA